AUUUAUGCUAGUGUAGAUUACUCUUUUUAUUACUAAACCCUUUGAUCAGCAAUGAAUUGUCGAAAAUCAACUAGGCCGUUUCAUUGUCUUCUUAGACAGCUUGCGCCUGUGAAACAUUCUCAAGAUUGCCAUUUAGGUGCUCGUUUUAACAACAGUAUAACUUGUGCAGUACAAACUUCCUCUUUCAACAUGAAACAAAGCAGAAAUUUGAGCAGCAAUAGUAGCAUCCCCAGAAGUAUCGACGACAAAGAAAUGGCGUUAUUGGUAGACAAAUACGCCAAAUACUCGCCCUCACCUUUGUCGGUACAAAACUUCAUUGACUUUGGAAGUCGGGCAGCGACAGAGAAGUCUUCCUAUUUCUUUCUGAGAAAAGAAAUUCCAGUUAGGCUGGCUAACAUCAUCAAAGAAAUUUCUUACUUGCCACCGAGGUUGCUCAAGAUGCCGUCCAUCGAUCUAGUUCGAUCGUGGUACUUAUUGAGUCUACGAGAGUGCCUGGAAUUCAGUACUAAUGAAAAUCCUUCUCCCAAAGCUGUCAAAAAAUUCACAGAAGCAGUGACCAGAAUUAGAAAUCGGCACAACACAGUUGUCAAAACAGUAGCGGAGGGUAUUCUUGAGCUGAAAGCGACUAGUGAAAUAGACAAUGCAUCUGAUGCCAGUAUUCAGUAUUUCCUGGACAGGUUCUACAUGAUGAGGAUAUCCAUUCGAAUGUUGCUCCUCCAGCACAUUUUCAUCAGCGAACAAGAAGAAGGUGAUGGUUACUAUCAUUGCGGAAGUGGCUUUGCAAACAUUGACUCCGGACAUCCUCGCUUUGUUGGGCUGAUAGAUCCAGAGUGCAAUAUUUCACAUGUUAUUGAAGAUGCUUAUGAGAAUGCGCGGGAUCUGUGCGAGGAGUACUACUUGGUUGCUCCUGGCCUGCAGCUGAAAGACGAGAGCAGCUGUGAUGUAAAGAUGGCGUACAUUCCCUCCCACUUGCAUCACAUGGCCUUCGAACUGUUUAAGAAUGCCAUGCGCGCCACAGUCGAGUACCAUGGCAAGCACUGCGAACACAUCCCUCCUGUGACAGUCACCAUCGCACAGGGUCCCAGCGAACUCUCAAUCAAGAUCAGUGACAGGGGAGGUGGCUUCCCCCACCCGGAGACGUGUACUCUGUUUAAAUAUCUGUACACCACUGCCAAGCUGCCCAUGCAGAUUUCUACCCACGGAGGAGACUCUACUCCUCUGGCCGGCUACGGAUACGGACUGCCUCUGUCCAGAAUAUACGCGAGAUACUUCAACGGGGACUUGAUAUUGUGUCCACAGGAGGGAUUGGGUACAGACGCCAUCAUUUACCUCAAUGCGUUCUCAUCACGUAGCUUCGAGCAUCUUCCAGUGUUUAACUCGGCCACCAAACGGCAGUACUUGGCACCCCAGACUAAGUCAGACUGGACUCAUCCUCCUUCACAGAAGCAGAUGACGAACAGCAGCGAGGUAGAAGAGAAGAAACAUCCUGGAAAGUGACCUGAUGACGUACUCUCGAAGUGUUUGACAACCAACGAAUCAACUUGAACUUUUUUCAUAAACUCAGAACACAGCAGUAGCCAUUAGGGAUUUUAAAAAAUUAUUAUUGCUAUUUCAAACUUCAUCAAUCUCAGAGCAGAUAGUGACUGAUUUUUUUCUGCCUAAAGCAACGUUGAAAUAAUAAUUAAUUUAAUCAGCGGUGAUAUUGCUUGAAAAAGAUUUGAUACAUCUGCUUUGAUAGAGAAUUAAAUCAAUUCUCAGUGGAAGCAGGAAUGAAAGGUUGAAAUAAAUAUCGAAUGUCAUUUAAUUUGUGUGUGGCAAAUAAGACGGCAUCUGUUAAUACGAUGUAUGGAUUAAAGGGCGUUUUAUGUUGUAACAUUUGCUGAUCCAGUGUUUGAGAAUUUAUUUAUCAGUAUCAGAGAAAUACAAAACUUAAAGAAUCGCUGUCCUCAAUGAUUCGUUGUCUUAAUAGCUGUCAUCUUAUCCCAGUUCGAGUUCACCGCCAGUUCAAUCAGGACUUGGCUUUGAGUCUUCUAAUUUAAGAUGAGUCUCAUGUGCUGUUUGUAGACAAAGCUGUUAAAUUGUUGGCAAAUUUCGUGCAUCUUAAUUCGUAAAAAAAUUGGUCCGUAUUAGAUAAGUUAGAUUUUGAAUAGUAUUUGGUCUGCGAAGACUAAAUGGGCAGUUUAGGAUUGGUUAAUUUCGUGCAAAUUUGUUGACCGAAAAUGAUAUUGACAACAGUUUGACAUUGGUAUUUUCAUAAUGGUGCAUAUGAUAUCCUAUGGGUGUUUAUUUGUAAUAAAUUAAUGGUUUUCAACCAAGUGUCAAUGAACGAAGUGAAGACACUUAUUUAGGUCGCAAUGUUGUUUUUGAUAGAAUUUGAUCAUCGUCAAGGUUGGUUUUUCGUGGUUCGACCUUUUCUUUCUUUCAAAGUUCAAUUCUCCUCCCUUUGCAAAAAGGAAAAAAACUGUGCUCCAAUUACGAAUGUGCAAAUGGUGCAA